UAGGCCGUCGGAGUCUUGCUGACAAGGAUCUGAUUCAACGUAACCAGCAAAUCACCACUACCUUCAUCAUCUACUUCGUUUCACAACAACAUCAAAUGUGCAUUUCACCAUGCAUCUGUGGCGUUGUUGUCUGUGGAUGCCUCGCCAAUAUUGUAUCUGAGUGUUGUAAUAAGAACUCCAAUGUACCCAUCGAAGCAAACGAAUACGGAAAGCGCAGGAUACGGGUUACUUGAGGCUCAAAACACAUCUGGUCCAGCUAUGAAAACUUGUUCGAUUAGGAUUCCCACCUGGGUAUGUGAGAAGGGAUUCCCCUUAUAUCUAAACAACCGCUAUGGCACGAAUCUGCGUUAUUACCCCACAACUUCGGUGUUUCGACAAGAAUGCAAGAAUAAUGCCCAAGCUCUCUGGAAUUGUAGCGUAUGCAUCACUCAUUAUCCUAAACCUCAUUUUCCUCUUGGAAUAAUGUCUAGCAACUCGAACAAGGCAGUUUAUAACGGCGUAAAUCCACCAAAACCAACCCACCAAUUUACCCGGAACCCGCCAACACAAGACCCUGUCGAUAAGGAAAGCCUAAGAAAUUAUCAUCUCAGGAGAUAUACGAGCGGAUCCUACAGUGCACCUAUUGCGGGCAUCACCGACUCUUCCAGUAACUCUCAAGGGACGCGUCAAGAGAGUCUUGCAGCUAAACUAAACACUAUACUAUCUCACCUGGGGUAAUUUAUCUACUUGUAUCGCCAAUUUUAUCUUAACGAAGGAGAUGAGUUACGGCGGUA